AUGGCGCUGCCAAUGACGCAGCUGCUGAGGGCUGCGAAACUGCGCGCGGGCGGCCAGUUGACGCAGAUCGUGACGUGCAACCUGGAGGACGCGCUGGUGAAGCAGUUCCAGCAGCUCGGCGAGGCGCUGGGCGUGACGGAGGUGAGGGAGGCCAUGGCCCAGCAACACUACAGCAGACUGCAGCAGUUGAAGGAGCAGGCGAGAGUAUUUGUAGAUAUGGCUCGAGCCGCUGUUCCUCGGCACGAAAGGCUGGAUGCGGGAGAUCGUGGAGGCCACGUGGUGGAGGACCUGGAGGAUGGGGGAGAAGUGGACGAGGUGGUCGUGGCACUGUGCGGACUGAGUCUGGACAAGACGGAGACGGAGCUGCUGGAAGGACGCGUCGGGGACUGGUGGACGUCGCUGCUGAAGGUUGAAGCGCAUCCGAAGGUGUUCAUUGUGGACGGCACGUCCAUGUUCACUCGUCUGACGAGGCGGCUUCUGGUGGCGCUGGAGUGGCUCGUGCACGCGCUGCAUGAACCGGAGAGCGGCUGGAUGAAGGACUCGACGUUCCCGUACAAACUCUUCGACACGUCGCUGGUUGCGAGGGAUUCGAAGGCUGAGGAGACCAAGUCGGCGGAGUUGCUGGAGAUCGAGGAGCUGCAUCAAGCUGCGUGCACCAACAAGCAGGCCAUGUACACAGAUCCAGCCACGGGUUACUCCGUUAUGGCAGCGUACAUCUUGACGGAGCGGCAAGUUUGCUGUGGCAACGGGUGCCGCCACUGCCCCUACGGCCACGCGAACGUCAAGGACCCGUCUCGGCGCAAGAACACCCUAGCUGGUAAUAUUUUCCUGCAGCCGCGUCGUCGCUCACGCGGUUUCGCGAAGGGAUCCCCGGGUGGCCAAAAGCUCUGGCCCGAAGGUGCUGACGCUGGCUCUGACGCGCAGAACGACCUUGUGGUCAUGUUUUGGAGUGGCGGGAAGGACUCAUUCUUGGCACUGGGUGCCUUGUACGAGUCUUACGCUGUUGAACAGAAGCCUAUGCCUCGCGUUGUGCUGCUUACAACGAUCGACCCGAAGACAAACGUCGUCCCUAUCCAGGACAUCCCCUCUCAGACUAUUGCAGCUCAAGCCGAAGCUCUGGAACUUCCUUUGUGCCUAGUAGCUGUGGGACUGGGAGACGAGUACUGA